UAGAGGAACUCGAUCGAAUUACAGGAUGAAGGUUUCACUGUACAUAAUAUUAAUCUCGAUCUUGCUCAGCAAGCACUACGCGUUAUCGCACAUAAUCAGGAAACGGCAGCUCUUUCGCGAGCAAGUGCUGCCGCAUGCUGGAGGUAAAAUACCGGAUUCAGCGUUUUUAACCGAUCGUCUUGCACUGAACCGACUGCAAAAGGAUGGUAUCGCUGUCCCGGACGGUGUACUGCUCGAGCAGCGCCAGUACCAGGUGUACCCGCACACACAUCGCACGGUAAGGCCAACGUUCCGUGUCGUCCAAACGCCGGACAAUCGGUACACGUCGCCGGAGGGAGAGUACAACCACAAUACGCUGGCGACGGUCGAUACGACGUACUUGAUUCCGCACCCGGGUGACAAAUUGUUGCUGCAUGAUGCCCAUCCACAACAUCAGCAUCAUCGUCAGCCACAUUACGUUGUUCCGAAGGUACCGAUUUUAAAGGAGUUUCGGCUACCGAACUAUGCGCUAUUUAAUUUCGACUACAAGAAUAAGAAGAUUCCUUCCACGUUCAAAACCUAUGGCCAUCCGUUGAAGUUGGAUGGUGGAUGGCCUCAACGAUUACCUCAAGACUUUGUAAGCUACCAUGCAGCUGGCGGUAAUGGUCACAAUUAUCCAUCAGCCCAUCCCGUCGUACAGGCACCGUACGGUGGCGAUGGCUGGAACGGUGGCUGGAUACCGUCCACCGGUGGGACAUCUGGCGAGUCGUUUUCCACGCAACAAACGCUUGGCAGCUUCGAGGACUAUUACAGUCAGUUGAACGAUAAGCACCGCUUCUACCGUAACGUGGGCGAACCGAAACGCGCGGCCAGUCCGAGCCCAGUACCGAAGGCCGGCACCAUAUUGCAGCGUGAUCGUCAACGUGGCCAUCCGCAACGCCAUCAAGCUUAAAAUUGACUUCCUGUGACGGGAGUGGAACUGCGAUGCUGUCGUCAUCCGCUCGCGACCGUUGGUCGUUGACGCCGUCAUCCCGGAAGUGUAGUAGGGCAGGCUAGCAUAACUGACGGAAGAUGAUUCCACUCAUUCAUCCAUUUCACCGUACAUUAGACAUAAGGACGUUGCGGGAGUUGCGAUAGGCGAUCUAAAGGACCUAGUGCGGGCUGCUACGCGGGCCACUACCUGCUGCCGGCUGAUGGUGAGAUUAAUAGAGUGAUUGACGGGAUCAAACGCCAAAAUGCCGA